AUGCUUUACUACCACCCCGACAAUAGCACCGCUCACCCUUGUGCUUCGGCUGCUCUGUCUCACUACACCAACAACCACAUCAUGACUGCCCCAUCUAACAACCACAGAAGAGGCCCUUGGUCUGCCCAUGAGGACGCCUACCUCAUGUCUUUGGUCCAGCACCAGGGCCCCUUGAACUGGGUACGCAUCUCCAAUGCCCUCGGCUCCAGAACACCAAAGCAGUGCCGCGAAAGAUAUCACCAGAACUUGAAGCCUACUCUCAACCACGACCCCAUCACGCCCGAGGAAGGCGUCAUCAUUGAGACCAUGGUCCAGCAAAUUGGCAAGCGGUGGGCCGACAUUGCCAGACGUCUCCACGGCCGCAGCGACAACGCUGUAAAGAACUGGUGGAACGGGAGCCAGAACCGCAGAAAGAGACAGGACAAGCGCAAGGCCACAAUGACCACCACCUCGCUCCAGUAUCACGGCCGCGAGGUAUCUCCGCUCAUGUCGCCCAUGGCCCCCCUCCCUUCGCGGCCCCUUCCCCUUCGCCAGGCCCACGGCAUGGCUUCCCAGAGACCUCUACCUCCGGUGCCGCCUCUUCACCCAUCCUCCAUGCACGAUGCCCAGUACGGGCUCGAGACUCCCAUCCCUUCCCCCGUCUACUCUCCCGACUCGGAGGCGGCCCCCUCUCUGAUGUCGGACAACGGAUCCCACUACGGAGCCUCACCCCAGGCGCCAUCCCCACCGCAGCGCUACUACGACUCGAGGCCCGAGAGUACCAUGCUUGCUCCUCUCAAGACAGCCCCCGAGGAUGGAGUGUACUCUUACCAGACCUCUGCCUCUGCCGCGGACAACAGCAACAACAGCAACAAGCUGCCAUCUCUCACCGACGCCGCUCACCCAAUCCACUCCCCAGACUUCAGACUCAACAUGUCUCCCGUCUUCCCCCGCAGCGACUACCCCAGGCAGCCUCUUGCCUAUGGCGCUCCUGCUCCCCAGACCAAUGACUACUCCACCGGCCGCCAGCACCACCACCCUCUUACUGCCCCAAGCUCUCCCAACGCCCCGGCUUCCACUUUCAAGCUGAGCGACCCCGGACUGAGCGCCGUCAGCAGAGUUGAGGAAAGAGUCAACAGACUUUCAGUCUCCAACCUGGUUGACCCAUCCCUCCCUUAG